AUGUCGGGCAUCAUCAACCCACACCCAAGCCCAAGUGAAGAAUACGCAGAAUACCCUCUCCCAAUCAUUGACAAUCCCGGUGAUCGUCAUAGCCUCGAGCGUGAAGCCACCGUCGAUGUCAACCAAUACAAUGCCGGGAUCGAGCCACCCACACGCCGUGGGAGCCGAUCCCAUCAUAGGGUUCGCUUUCGCUCGAUGAGUCUUCGCCGAAACGAAAAUGACUCCGAUCCCCUGUCACGACCGUUACUGCCGCAGUCAGAUCUCAACGAAAUCCCGCUAUCCGGAACCAUCACACCGCCAGCCCCGGCCCAUUCCCGGCGCGGCUCCAAUGUGCAUAUGCCCGAGUUUGAUGAAACCGAGAAACAUGAUUUCACAGGUAAAAUGGACCGGGCGACCUCGGCCCGCGACCGGUUCAGAGCGACCGGUCAUCUGUUGCGACAGAAAACUAGCCGCUUGACGGAACGCCUCGGUCGCCCCACGGAUGAGGGCGAGCCGCUCAAUGCCUCUUACAACCCAGACGACUUCGACAGCGGUAUUCCACUCGAGGAGCUGCAGGCCCGCCGCGCCCGCCAUGAGGCCGACCGAGCGCACGCAUUGGAGAGUGGUGAGAAUUUUAUCGAGCCGCCCCCUAGCGCCGAGGCUCAUCGCUUGGUGCGCAGCAUGACCGCGGUUCAGGAUCAGCUACGGAAGCGCAAACCUCGGGGCGCAUAUCAGCGGUCGGGACAGACAACUCCCGAGGGCUUGAUCAGCGCCUUUACGCAGCGGAGACGGUCUAGUGGAGUCGGCGGCGGCAUUCUGUCGCAGUUGCUCAAGCUUCAGGUCGCCCAGAGCGGGAGCUCUUCGCGCCCGGAAAGUGUCAUCACCGAUGACUCCGACAGUGACACUCAGGUGUCUUCCAGUAUCUCCACCCCGAAGAAGGGUUACAUCUCGCCCCUUAUCCCUGCGUCUCAGCCAGCCUCUGGUGCCGCCACCCCACGCAAGGAAAAGCUCAAAUGGUACAAGAAGUCAGCCCAUCGGUCCACCUCGUCGUUGGUCAAUGCCUCCAUGAACCUCAGCACGGCGAGCCUGCCUGCCGCGGUUGAGGCCGCUCCCGGUAUGCAAAAGAAACGGGGGAAGAGCAAGCGCAAGACCCGUCUAGAAGAUGAGAUCCGUGUUACCGUCCAUAUCGCAGAAAUCAUCGCACGUCAGCGGUAUAUCAUGCAGCUGUGCCGUGCGCUUAUGCGAUACGGUGCGCCGACCCAUCGUCUGGAGGAGUAUAUGCAAAUGACCGCCAGGGUCCUGGAAGUUUCGGGCCAAUUCUUAUAUCUGCCCGGUUGCAUGAUCAUGUCCUUUGAUGAUCCUACUACACGCACGGCCGAAGUCAAGCUUGUACGGAUGGUGCAAGGAGUCGACCUUGGUCGCCUUGCUGAUACACACAACGUUUACAAGAAUGUCGUUCACGAUCUUAUCGGCGUCGAAGAGGCAACUCAGGAACUAGACGAGAUUAUGCAGCGCAAGCCCAGAUUCAGUAAAUGGAUCUUGGUCCUGGUUUACGGUUUUGCUAGUGCAGCGGUCGGCCCGUUCGCUUUCAAAGCGCGACCGAUCGAUAUGCCCAUCAUCUUCUGUCUCGGUUGCAUUGUUGGACUGAUGCAGCACGUUCUCGCCCCACGGUCAACUCUCUACUCCAACGUCUUUGAGGUUACUGCUGCUAUUCUGACUUCCUUCCUCGCCCGCGCAUUUGGCAGCAUCAUGGUUACCCGCAAUGGUAAAUCCGAACCACUUUUCUGCUUCUCCGCUAUGGCACAGUCAUCUAUCGCUCUGAUUCUCCCUGGAUUCAUGGUCCUUUGUAGCAGUCUGGAGCUGCAAUCUCACCAGAUCAUCGCUGGUUCGAUCCGUAUGGUGUAUUCCAUUAUCUACUCCCUCUUUUUGGGCUACGGUAUUACAGUGGGGACUACGAUCUACGGGCUAAUGGAUGGCAAUGCGACAUCUGCAUCUACGUGUUCAGGCCUGGAUGUCUAUGGGUCGGUUUAUGCACGCACAUUCCCCUUCGUGGCUGUCUACGCUAUUUUCCUAGCCAUUGUGAACCAUGGAAAAUUAAAGCAGAUGCCCGUCAUGGUUUUCAUCGCUUUGUCCGGGUACGUCGCCAACUAUUUCAGCACGACCAAACUCGGCGCCCAAUCGGAAGUCGCCAACACCGUCGGUGCAUUCACUAUUGGUGUGCUAGGCAAUCUGUACAGUCGGCUCUGGCAUGGCCAUGCCGCCACCGCCAUUCUUCCUGGUAUAUUUGUGCUGGUCCCCUCUGGCCUUGCUUCUAGUGGCUCUCUGAUUGCGGGCAUCAAAUACGCCGACGAGGUUCGUCAGAACCUUGAAAAUAAUGGGACUAGUUCAUAUUCCAGCUCUCUCUCUGAAACUUCAGUUGCCAGUCUUGGUUUCGGCAUGAUCCAAGUCGCGAUCGGUAUCACAGUCGGGCUGUUUAUCGCGGCUUUGGUUGUCUACCCCUACGGCAAAAAGCGCACCGGUCUGUUCAGCUUCUAG